GAUUGGGAACGUGAAACACCAAUUAAGUUUAAUGAUUAUUUUGAAUUUCCAAGAGAAUUAAAUAUGGAACCUUAUACCGUACAAGGUUUAGCCAAAGCUGAAGGUAUUAAGUAA